GUUGCGUUUUUUACAUGUCAAUAUACAAGAGAACUGUCAAAAUCUUUGUAGUUGCAAGUUGUACUUUGAUUUUACUAUGUAUUAUCAUUUAGCCGUAAAGCAUACUGAAUUUUGUAAGACUAGCAUUAGACAGGGAUGAAUUCUGCAUAACAUAUGUUACAUAGUGUGCUGUAAGUUAUGUUUUUGGUUUGUGAGUUUUUGAAGUAAGGUCACAAUCAUUUUACCAGAAAACAGUGAAUGAAAGCUCCGCUAAUGAGCAACUUGUUGGCCUGUAAUGCUGUAUAAUUUCUGGAUUUCAUGGCGAUAUACUUAUAUGAAAAUGGAUAUACAUGUACUUAGAAGAACUGCAGAACUUUGAAAUAACCAAUUGAGUGAUACUUUAUUUGAAGCUACAAUGGAGCCCAUGGAGACUAUGGAAAUAUGUGAGGUGUCUCAGUGGUCUAAUAUAUGGAAACCUACGAAAGAGAAACAAUUUUCCCCAUCUCCACCCCCGCUCCCACCCCCUGUUGAGACGCGACGCUACACACAACAGGCGCUAGAAGCCCUGAAAGAUCUCUAUAGAUGCAGCAGUAUGGACAAAUCUAUCUUAAAAGUUCACCUACCGAAUGGUGGAUUUAAUGUUGUGAAAUGUGGGGAUGCAACAGAUGUUAGAGACAUCAUCCAGCUGGUUGUCCGAAGGUUAGCAGCGGGGUUACGAGAGUAUGAGGCAUGUUACGCACUCUUGUUGACUCAUACGCCAUCUAAGGAGCGCUACUGGCUCCAUGGUGAUUUGAGCAUGUACCAGGUUAGACAGAAGUAUGAGGCGCUUCAUACCUCUGACAAUGCUGAUGAUUGGAGAUAUGAGCUACGUGUACGCUACUUGCCUAUGAACUUCUCCACCUUGCUCUCGAAAGAUAAAGUCACAUUCUAUUAUUUUUAUGACCAGAUGUGGAACGAGUACCUGAAGUACAAGGCAGACCACAUAGACCCAGAAGUUGCCAUUAGACUGGGUUCCAUAGAAAUCAGGCGCUUCUUCAAGGAUAUGUCCUAUGAGGCCUUGGAGAAGAAAUCAAAUAUGGAAUACUUGGAAAAAGAAAUUGGUUUCAAGCGAUUCUUCCCCAAAUCAGUUAUAGACAAUUUUAAAAGUAAAACCUUACGAAAACAAGUACAACAGUCUUUCAAACAAUAUGCUCCUCUAAACCAGGACGAAUGUGUGCUCAAAUUCUUGGAAAUAUUACUCACCCAAUGGAAGUAUAGACAAGAAAACUUUAAGUGUGCCUUAGGGGUUGGCUGGAGUAUAUCAGUGAACCUUGUAAUAGGACCUGAUGUUGGGAUUAGUUACCUCACAGAGAAAGCCUCAUCGCCCACUCAUAUGGCAGAUUUCCAACAUGUUCAAUCAAUACAGACUGUAGCUAGUGAUAAUGACCUAAAAGGAGUAUUGCAAUUAAAAAUAGCUGGUGCCGUUGAACCACUAACAAUCACAUGUCCAUCAUUAGCUGUAGCGGAAGAUAUCGCAGAUUUAAUAGAUGGAUAUUUACGUCUACAUAAUGUCAAUGACAAAAAGUCUAGCUGGUAUAGACAAGGUGACAGUUUACCCAGAAUUCCAAGUCAAAAGUCUAACAAUCGAGUUACGUCAAGUAGUCCCAAACCAAGGUUAAGUAGUUCCAGUAGCCAAGGGCGUGAGUCGGUCACAGACUAUGCAGAGAUAGUUGAAGAUGAAGGAGAUUACUCCACCCCUGGUUCUAAUGAUUAUGAGAUAUCACGCAAACAGGUGAAACUUGGUGAAAUCUUGGGUGAGGGACAGUUUGGAGAUGUACAUAGGGGCAUUUACAGAGAGAGCAAUGGUAAUGAGACAUCAGUGGCAAUCAAGACAUGCAAGGUUGACAAUGAAGAGUCAGCUGCAGACAAAUUCCUAGAAGAAGCAUUGAUAAUGCAGAAGUUUGAUCACCAGCAUAUCAUCAAGCUAAUAGGGAUCUGCAGCGAUAGUCCUAUCAUGAUCGUCAUGGAGCUAGCUAAACAUGGAGAAAUGCGGGCAUAUCUCCAGAACAAUAGGCCAAAGCUUCCUAUUCUGAUCCUAUAUGCAUACCAGCUCAGUACAGCCUUAUCUUACCUAGAGAGUAAAAAGUUUGUCCAUAGGGACAUUGCGGCAAGGAACAUUUUAGUUUCUGCCGAUGAUUGUGUCAAACUUGCCGAUUUUGGUCUCUCUCGAUGGGUGGAGGAACAGAGCUAUUACAAAGCAUCUAAAGGGAAACUACCAAUCAAAUGGAUGGCCCCUGAGUCUAUUAACUUCCGCAGGUUUACAACUGCAAGUGAUGUCUGGAUGUUUGGGGUUUGCAUCUGGGAAAUACUCAUGUAUGGCGUGAAGCCAUUUCAGGGUGUCAAGAACAAUGAUGUGAUAGGAAAGAUUGAGAAUGGGGAGCGGCUGGCCUUACCCCGAGGCUGUCCCCCCUCGUUGUAUAAUCUCAUGUGUGCGUGCUGGUCAUAUGAACCAUCAGGACGUCCUAACUUCUCCCUUCUCAAACAAGUUCUUAGUGAGAUCCUUCUAGAGGAGAGGCAGAGAACGGAGGAACAAUCACAGAGGCAGAACAGAAGGCUUCAGGCAAUGUCUUGGGCUGCUGCAGAUGAAGAUGAACCCCCUCCCAAGCCUGCCCGGCCUCAUUACCCUGGGAUGGAGAGAUUCGCUAUCUCCCCUACAGGUUCCACUCCUAACCUGAGCUUAAUGGACGGUUCAGCAGCUCAACCAUGGGGUGGUUCCAGUAACUUUUCCCAAGCUAACCUGUCUGGCUACAAUACUAUUGGCGGAACUGGCCGCAAGGCGCACAGUGGCUACUCAGUGCCUGCUCCUUCUGGCAACCAACCGAACCAGCAUACUAAACAGGUGCCUUAUAACGAAAGUGGCUUCAGCCUGGCGCAACCUAACAUUACUAAUAAAACACCUAAAACUAAUCCAAUUAAUGAUGAAAACCAACCUCCCCUUGGUUAUAUAGUGGCUUAUACCCCUCGGCAAAUUGCUGACUUAGUGGCUGACCAAUAUAGCACUCAGCCUCCUAUUUUUGGCUUGCCCCCUGCUCCCUGUGCUCCUGUGGAAUACAGGCAUGACCCCCCAGUUUCUGAUUUUUCUUGUCAGUCCCCGGAUCGUAUCAGUGGAGGCUCUAAUUGUUCACAGGAUCCUGUAGUCGAGCAUGAAAUGGAGAAGAAACUGCUUCAUGAGCGCAUUGCUAAGCAACAGAAGGCAUCAGCUGAAGAUGCUAAAUGGUUGCAGCGAGAAGAAACUAAUUUUAUUCCAGAAGUCAAAGAAGGUCAAAACAGCCCUAACGAACAGAAAGAAAAGUCCCCCUCCCUCAGUCUCUCAUCAACAGGAAAAGUCAGUCAGAACUCCUCUGCAGGGCCAAGUAGUCCUAUAAGUGUUGAAGAUUCUGUUGACAGUCUCCCUCCUGUAUCCCCUCCAGCUAACCAAUCAGUGCCAAAUAUUCCAAGUGAGCCAAACACAAAUGGCAACCCUGAAAAAGCAGCUGCCUCCAUUGAGCUUGAUAGAACUGAUGACCAUGUUUAUGACGCAACCACAACAGUUGUCCGUGCUGUGAUGGACAUGACUAAGAGUGUGCAGCUAGCAAAGGCAGACCAAUAUCUAGAUUUAGUUAAGAAAGUUGGCCUGGACCUGCGUAACUUACUGACAGCUGUCGACAGUGCAAUGCCCCAUGUUAGCCAAGACUCACAUAGAGAGAUUGAGAUGGCUCAUAAAGUGCUUAGUUCGGACAUGAGUGAGCUGGUAAAUGCAAUGAAACUAGCCCAGCAAUAUAGUACAACAACCCUAGAUGCAGACUAUAGACGUGGUAUGCUUAAGGCUGCCCAUAUACUAGCGAUGGACGCUAAAAAUCUAUUGGAUGUUGUUGAUACUGGGAGAAUUCGUAAAAUAAAAAGUGAAUCUGUGACGACGUAGUCAAUGUUUGGUGCUAAGAUGGAACCUAGAAUGUAAAGUUAAAGCAAUAUGAGAUAAUCAAGAUAUGGAGGUGUCUUAUUAUGAGAUUCAAUUAUGUUGCAGUGAUUCGAUUAUAAAUAUUUUUCAAAUGAUCAGUUCUUGAUAUCAUGCAAUGGAUAAUUCACAAAGCGACCUAAUUUUAUAAUUAUUGACCAUUGCCAUCAGGACCCAUGUGGAGUCAUCAUAAGUAUAUUUUAACAGUUGCAUGCAGCGCUGUCAAUGUUCAACUAGUCAGACAAGAGGGAAUAGUAUAAAAGGGUGAAGAAUCACCUACAACUCUCAAUAAGUACAUAAGUGCAAAACCUUAUGAGCUGUAAAAUGGAUACAAACUAGAGGUUCACCAUGCAAAGGCUAAAGAUUUUUUACAAUCUACCAGUUCUAUAGACUAAAUGACAAUGAAUGAUUGUCUAUUUCUCUU